CAACCUCUCAAUUUCUCUCUCCUCUUGAUUAUUGUUUUGCCUGUUUUGGAACCCUUCUCAGGUGGCUUUUACAGGCCCUCUGCAGAUCAGCCUUUAUGACGCUCUAUUCCAUUUCCCUUCGGAUUCAGUGCUUCAAUUCUCAAUUACUCCUAUAUAAAUCAUCCUUAUUCUGAUCCACCACAACUAUCAACUUCUUUUAGCAUAUUCAAUUUUGAAAUCCCCAAACACAAACAAUUAAGCAAAUUAGUAAUCGACAUGAUGUUGGGAGUGGAAGAGAUUCUGUGUGAGCUUGAGAGAGAUGAUGAGCAAGGCGGCCUCCCUCCUGGCUUCAGAUUCCACCCCACCGAUGAAGAGCUCAUCACCUUCUACUUAGCUUCCAAGGUCUUCAAUGGCAACUUCUGCGGCAUCAACAUCGCUGAAGUCGACCUCAACCGAUGCGAGCCGUGGGAGCUUCCUGAUGCAGCGAAGAUGGGAGAGAGGGAGUGGUAUUUCUUCAGCUUGAGAGACCGGAAAUAUCCGACCGGGCUGCGAACAAACCGGGCGACCGGCGCUGGCUAUUGGAAGGCAACGGGGAAAGAUAGGGAGGUGGUGAGCGCUGCGAAAGGUGGCCUUCUUGGGAUGAAGAAAACCCUAGUUUUUUACAAAGGCAGAGCCCCCCGAGGAGAGAAGACCAAGUGGGUCAUGCACGAGUACCGCCUCGACGGUGACUUCUCCUGCCGCCACACCGGCAAGGAUGAGUGGGUGAUAUGCAGAAUUUUCCACAAGGCAGCUGGGAAGAAGAGUUUGGUGCAAGGCCAGAGCUACUUAAUGAGAGGAUACAACCCAGCUACUUCAUUGCCUCCAUUGCUAGAGCCACCAGCAAGUGCAACACUUGACCAUCAUCAUCAAUUUCUCUAUCACACUGUUCAAGAUCAAUCGGAUCUCAAAGCCUUAAUCAACCAAGACUUGAGUUUGAAGGAGCUAAGCAUGGCCAUUGCCAAACAGUGCAAGAAAGAGUCUGAUCUUCGGAGCCAUUUGCAGUUGCAGUAUGUGUGUGAUGGGAGUGGAAACAGCAAAUAUGAAUAUCCAUUUGUUUUGGGGGGAAAUCUGGCAAUCCCGUCAGCAACAGCAACAGUAACAGUGGAUGAUCACAUCGUUACAGCUGUUGAUCAUGUGAUGUCAAGUGAGCCGGCUUUUAGAUGGUGGUAGAGAUUCAAAUCCAUCAAUGUCACUGGAGAGAUUAUUCUUGCCUCUCAUUAAUAUCUUACUAUAAAUCUAAUUGUGGAAUACUAUAAAAUAUGUUAUCUACAGAUUCUGGAGAUGUGCAUCUCUAGCUGUUUGUGGUUGAUGAAUAUUGUAAGCAUGUGGCAGCAGUAGCAUUAAUGAUGGGGACUAAGGAAUGACUAGUACUGUAUCUUUCUGUUUU